ACAACAGACACCCUGUGACUGUGAGGCCUGCGGAAUACAGAAGCUGUUUGCUGUGGAGGCAGAGUUUGAAGAUGAGGAUUUUGUGUUGGCCAUGGAAGAUGUAGAGAAGCAGGUCUCAGGCCCAACUCCUGCCAGUUCAAGAUGUCUGAGACCCUCGUCGUCUGCACUGAGAAACCCCAGCGACACCACUGAGGCUCUGUCCCCAGUCCUGCCCGUUCAAAACUACUCCAGACUAAGUUUUCUGCAGGACAGCUGCCCCAGCAAGAUCAGUCAGUCAAACAACCGGGUGGCAUCUCCUUCGGUGGCCGGCUUCAGAGUUCCGAAGGACCAGACGGCCUUACCGGCCCAAAGUGGACCAUGCUGCAGUUCAGGCCCAAGGUUCAAGUUUGUGAAGAGACCUCUAGCUGUAACUUCCUCUCAUAAUGAGGAUUUGGAUAAUGAGCUGUUCUUGGCAGCCUGCAUGGAUCUGGAAGAGUCGGAAACACCUUCUGGCUCUGACUGCGAGAGGGUGGGGGAUCAGCGUGGUCAUGAUACAGUAAUGGCCAAGAAAAUGCGGGUGGCAGACUCAGCCAUGUCGAGCAGCCCUGUCAGCAUGGAGACAACACGGUUGAAAAGGACUCUGAAGGAAGCCUUGGCGGGGGUCGGCAGCCAUCUCCAGCCAGCGGAGGCUUCCCCGAGGUUGACUCUGAGGCCCACUGCUGUGGGAUCCCACCCCUCACAAUCUAACCAAGGAAUGGACAUCGCUGUAGGUACCGUUUCAAGCCCAGGUUUCCAGCUGCCUAAGUCGUUUCUUGCCUCUCCGGAUAAACCUGUGGCUGGGUACAACAGCUCCUGCCUGCCUCUUGUUAGACCCUCCUCCCCUUCAGGGAUCGCCCCGCCAAGACCACUCGCUCCACAGAUACCCAGCCAGAGUUCUUUCACACCGAAAAUGGCAAACCGGGGUGCUCAGCUGCUUACCGCUUAUGGUUCCCCCGUGUUGUCUGUGGAGUCCUCGCCGGCCACACCGAGAACACCCUGUUCAAUUCCUCCCUCCGGAAGCCUCCAAAUGCCCGUGGUCACCAACCACCUUGUCCGCCUGGUGACAGCCGCCAACAAGCCUCCUCAGCCAUUGGCUCGCGUUCCUUCGCAGGCCAAGACUCGCCGCUUCCCAGGACCUGCCGGCAUUCUGCCACAGCAACCUGAUGGGAACAACCUGGAAGAGAUCAUGGUUUCAGCUCCGCAGACUCCUACUCACGGGGCUCUGGCAAAGCUACGGACGGAGGACGUUCCCGUCUCCCAGCAGCCAGCGGGAGAAGAAUGUGGCCGAGGUGCCUGGAUCACCAUGAAAGCCGAGCUGGCCUUGGACGAGCGGGAUCCAUCCUGCUUCCUGAGAACGUACAGUGUGGCCAUGGUGCUUCGGAAGGCAGCUCUCAAGCAGCUCCCAAAGAACAAGGUCCCCAACAUGGCGGUGAUGAUUAAGUCGCUGACACGGACCAAGGUUGACGCAGGCGCCAUAUUCAGAGACCCAACUGGGGAGAUGCAAGGCACGAUCCAUCGCCUGUUGCUGGAGCAAAGAGAGAGUGAAUUUAAAGCUGGCUCAGUCCUUCUGCUAAAGCAGGUGGGCGUGUUCUCCCCAUCUCAUCGCAACCACUACCUCAACGUGACACCCAAUAACUUGGUGAAGAUCUAUCCACCAGGACUCGGGAGCGGGAAGCCGACUCAGGUGUGCCAAGAAAUCAGGGGAGGAGUGGAGGUGCUUCCGCCACAGGCGGAGUCAGGAUUCCAGCAGGAUUCUCUUACGGAUGCUCCACACACCGUGGCCGCAGCAGACUGUGGAAGGGGGCAGAGCUGCGAGAUGGGUGCAAAGUGCAGCCAGGGUCCCCUGGCCCCAAGCAAAGGAGCGCCAUUACUGGAGGCUGGUGGAAUGGGCAAGUCAGUGCUGAGCGUGUCCUCCACAAAGGCUGCUUCAGUGUCCACUUCGAUAUGA